AUGGCUCGAUCUAACCAUCUCUUGCCCCUCCUAGUCUUUGCCUUGACUUGGAUCUUCUUUGCAGAGGCCAUAUAUACCAAGAAUUCCCCUGUCCUUCAGGUCACCGCAAAAACAUACGAUUCCCUGAUUCAACAGUCUAACCAUACUUCGAUUGUCGAAUUUUAUGCACCAUGGUGUGGACACUGUCAGAAUCUCAAGCCUGCCUACGAGAAAGCCGCAAAGAGCCUAGCUGGUCUGGCCAAAGUUGCUGCCAUUGACUGUGACGAUGAAUCCAACAAACCCCUUUGCGGCCAAAUGGGCGUUCAAGGAUUUCCCACUCUGAAGAUCGUGAAGCCAGGUGCCAAACCUGGUCGGCCCGUGGUGGAGGAUUACAAUGGUGCCCGGUCAGCAAAAGCAAUAGUUGAGGCCGUCAAGGAUAAAAUCCCCAAUCAUGUGAAGAGGCUGCAGGGCUCUGCCUUUGAUGCUUGGUUCAACGACGAGUCGGACCUUGCCAAAGCAGUCGUCUUCACUGAGAAGGGCACAACCAACCCCAUGGUCAAGAGUCUGGCAAUUGAUUUCCUCGGAAGCAUUGUUUUUGCCCAGGUCAAAGAUAAAGCAAUCGCAGAGAAAUACGGGGUCACGGAAUUCCCCACAAUUUUACUGGUGCCUGGUCAAGGUCAAGGUCCAAUUCCCUACAAGGGUGACAUCAACAGAGAAUCUUUGCUGAGCUUCUUCGCCAAAAUCGCUUCUCCCAAUCCUGAUCCUGCUCCGCAAAAAGGGAAACCGUCCAAGUUACCGAAGAAACCCAAGGCUAGCUCAUCUGCAUCGGCUGAAUUCUCCCGUGCUUCGGAGGCUCAUAAGUCCUCUGAUUUCGACGAUUUCCUGGCAGGUUCUGACACAAUAGUUCUUGAUGAUGACACUCCGACUGAAUCACCCGUCCCAGUCGCGGAAAGUGAACAGAAACCGAUGAUCGUGCCAUCAAUUCCGCCGCCCAUUCCUACGCUCUCUACCUCUCCUGACCUGGAAGCUGCGUGCCUGACUCCGAAAAGUGGAAACUGUAUAUUGGUGCUUCUACCCGCUGAAGACAAUCCUGAGUCUGUAUCUGAAGCGGCAACCUUGGUGUUGUCUGGCUUCGCCGAAAUCAUUGAAAAGCACAACAAGCGCCAGGCCAAUGUUUUCCCCAUGUAUGCUGUUCCGGCAGAUGUAGAAUCUGCAACCAGAAUGCGAGAAGACUUGGAUCUCAGUGCCACCGGGAAUUUGGAAGUGAUCGCACUCAACAUGAAGCGCGGCUGGUGGCGCCAUUAUCCGUCUAAAAGCUUUGAGAUCCUUGAACUCGAAAUCUUUGUGGACGCCAUCAAGCUUGGCGAGGGCUCGAAACACAGACUUCCACCCAACUUCGGAGGUUCAACUGAUGGAGAACCUGUAGCUGAGGUCGAAGCGGAAUCUCCGAGCGUGGAAGAUGAAAGUUUCUUGUUUGAAAAACCCGACGGUGAGGCUGAGGUAGAUUCAGAAACUGCACCACCAGGCCAUGACGAACUCUAA